CCUCAUAUGCAGCUGCGCCAUCUCCCCUUUGUCCAUUCACCGGAGCUGAGCGUCUUGUGACCGGGAGACGAGCCGAGGAUUGUGCGACGAGACCAGGUCGAGACCCUUCUUCGCCAGCGACAUCUCAUCGCCAUCUGCCCGACCGCAGCUCCGAGCUCAAGAACAUAGUGAGGCUUCGUUCGCGCGAUCUUGCCGCGCCAUUGCAUUAUGAACCCUGCGGAUGCUAACAACUGCAACACCGAGUCCGCCAUAGAGUCCAACCCAGCGCCGAAGAAAGCCAAGAUGGAAGACACCAAGUACCUGCCGGAGCUGCUGGCCGAGAAGGACAGCCUGGAUUCCUCGUUCACCCACGCCAUGAAGCUCAUUUCUGCAGAAAUUGAGAGGAUCCAGAAAGGUGAAACCAAGAAGGAGCCAGAGAAGGAAACUUACCUGGACCUGUUCGCAACCAAGAAUCUCAAGCUCAAGGAGCGAGUACUCAUUCCCACCAAGCAGUACCCCAGGGUGAACUUCGUUGGGAAGCUUUUGGGACCUCAGGGUAGCACAAUCAAGAGACUUCAGGAGGAUACUGGUGCCAAGAUAUCCGUUCUGGGUAAAGGUUCCAUGAGGGACAAGAAUAAGGAGGAGGAGCUGAGGAAGGGCGGUGAGGCUAAAUAUGCCCAUCUGAGCAUGGAGCUGCAUGUGUUCAUUGAGGUGAUGGCCCCCAUCCCAGAAGCCUAUAUGCGCAUGGCUCAUGCCAUGGAGGAGGUCAAGAAGUUCCUUAUUCCUGAACCUGGUGAGCAUGAACAGUAUAUGGAUCCUCACUUCCUAAACGGAUCCCAGGAUGGGUCAAGGGGGCGUGGUGGUCAUCCUGGAAGGGGCAGAGGUGGACCCCCCGGUGCUGGACCAAGGGGCCGAGGAAUGCCACGUGGGGGCCCUCGAGGAGCCAUGCGUGGCGGAGCUCCACGGGGAGGACUGGGACGGGGCAAUGCUCCUAGGGGUGCACCUACUGGUAGGGGUGGUCCACCUUCUGCUCCUAACAGAGGAGGCUCCGCUCCCCGCUCUAGGCCACCUGCAGCUGGGGCACAAAGAAUGCUCCCACAGGCUGCCAUGUCCCACCAGCAACACCAAGUCCCCUCUUCGGGAGCACAACCUAAAGCUGACGGCUAUGAGGACUAUCCUCAGUAUGACGACUCCUACGCAGAACCAUCCUAUGAAGGAUAUGAUAAUUAUUACAAUCAACAGUCUGCUCCCGCCGAUACUGAAUAUUUUGACUAUGGACACGGGGAGGCCCAGGAACCAUCCUACGAGCCCUAUGCUCAAGAAGAUUGGGACAACUCGUGGUCCAACGCAGGGGCUGGAGGCAAAGUCCCCCAAUCCAGGCAGUCGAAGGGAUCAUAUAGAGAGCACCCAUAUGGAAGAUACUGAACGCCUACUGGUAGAGAGUUGCUACUGCAGCUGUCUCCGAUUUGUAAAUCGCUUAACUUUUCAAAAGUAAUUUCCCUCCCGUUCGUUCCCUCUUUUUUAUGCUUUAUUUUAGUUUUUUGUUUUUAAACUCAGAUGUUUUGAUGGUUGUAACAUAGUGUCAGGGGAGAAACACGAAUGCAAGUUAUUUUCAUUGUUUAUCUGCUUCCAUUUAAUGUUUGUUUCAGUUGCGUAGUUGCCAGUCAAGGUCCUAGUGACAUAAACCUUAAAGGAAGAAGUGACGUUUUAGUGAUAUUUGAUGGUUAAUUUUCAGUUUCCGUGAUUGUGGCGAUAAACUUUUUUCACAUAGGCUGCAUGUUAAAAGUCCAUCACGACAGGACAAAAAUGGAUCACAAUGCCUCAAUGUAACUUAACAUUAACUAGACACGAUUUAUUUGCAAACUCAAACACAGCCCUGAGCCACUUUGAAUAAAAACAAAAGUCUUAACAGGUGUUUAUACGACAGUACAAAUCUAUUAUUGUGUUAACUUAUAAACUAUCCUGUUGAAAUCCAUUUGACGAGAAAUGCCUCCUUAUUUUUUGCCAUUUCUUACAAUCGGUAUAUUAACAUCUGUCGGGCUUUUACUUGCAAAAUGAUCACUGAUGUUACAAAAGUUCUUGUAAAGCUUGAAGGAUUAGCAAUCCUUACUGUGUGUAAGGAAGUCUUCAGCCAGCUCAAUAUUAUGUACAUAAUCUUAAGACAACUGUGUAUGCUUUAAGCCGUGCCGUCUCAAAAAUGCAUAAUGCUUGUGUAUCCUUUGGCUAAAUAGGAUCCUAAAUAUAUCCCAAAAUGUUUUUCUGCAGUGCGUGUUUCAAUAAAGUUUCUAGUUUCUUUUUAAUCAAACUAAA